AUGUCUCCCAAGAUCCAUCUUAUCCGCCAUGCGCAGGGAGAACACAACUCGACACGCAACUACGCCAUACGUGAUGCGGUAUUGACUCCAAAAGGCAAAGAGCAGUGUCGCACCCUCAGAUCUGCGUUUGAAUACCAUAACGAAGUAGAUAUUGUAUUCGCAUCCCCUCUGCGCCGUACCAUCCAGACUGCGGCACUGAGUCUGGGUCCAGCACUAUCACGAAAGGAGGUUCCAUUCAUCCUCAUGCCUGUACUACAGGAGGUUAGCAAUAUUGGAUGUGAUGUCGGUAUUGCAGACACCGCAGAAGAUGUCAAACAGUUCUUGCCUGAGCUGUUUGCGGAGGGUGAAGUCGAGUUCGAUAUCGAAAAAGUGGACGCCUCCGCGGUGACAAAGGGUUGGAAUAGCAAGCGUGGCUACUGGGCCUAUGAGAAGCAGGCUAUUAUGAAGCGUGCAACAGACUUCCGCAACUUCCUUUUCCAGCGUCCCGAGAAGCAGAUUGUUCUUGUCACUCACGGGGCUUUCGCCCACUUUUUGACUGAAGAUUGGGAUGUGGAGGAUCCAAUGACUGGAACAGCGUACAAGAACUGCGAACAUCGAGAGUUUGUAUUCACAGAUAGCUCGACUGCCGAAGAUGCCCAUGUAAUCGAGAUAUUGGAAAGUAGAACGAGGAGAGGUGUAAAAGGAGCAGAAGAUGAUCCGCAUGUUUUGCAGGAGCUGGAGACCAUUGUCCACAAAGACAAACAACAAAUAUAA